GGCGCGCAUGUUAUCCAGCAUAUGCUCUGUUGUGUUUCCUCUUCUUGGCGAAUUAACAGCUGCCUGUGGAUUCUCAGAACUGGUUGACGUCAGCAUGAGCGUCCACGCGACUCCUGCCCCCGUGGUCCCGGUGUCAGCAGAAAUGUCUCCCGCUCCUCUUCCAGAGGUUGUGAACAAGAUAUUGCCGAAGGACGUCGACUCGGGCAAUGGAGCUUCGGAAGCCUUGAUCGGAGGCGUCGUCGGUGCGGUGCUGCUGGCACUGGUCUGCUUAGUAGUGGCGCUGCUGUGGUACCUGUCCAGACAUAAAGGCUGA